AUGUUUGCCGCCCGCCGCCUCACCACCGCCGCGCCCCGCGCCCUUAGCGAAAGGGCUGCUCUGUUCCACAGCACUGCGCCGGCUUUCGUUCAAAAGGGCGAUGCCAUUCCAGACCUUGAUGUCCUCGUCGAGAACUCUCCUGGCAAUAAGGUGAACCUCGCCAAGGAGCUCAAGGGUAAGGGCGUCAUCAUUGGUGUCCCUGCCGCUUUCAGCCCCGCCUGCUCCAGUACUCAUGUCCCUGGGUACAUCUCGCACCCUAAGUUGAAGGAGGCUGGCCAGGUCUUCGUGGUUGCUGUCAAUGAUCCCUUCGUGACUAAGGCUUGGGGUACAUCUCUCGAUCCCCAAAGCAAGAGCGGUAUUCGCUUCUUGGGUGACCCGACUGGUAAAUUCUCAGAAGCCCUGGAUGUGUCCUUUGAUAGCGUCUCCAUCUUCGGAAACCAGCGCAGCAAGCGCUAUGCCCUUCUUGUAGAAGACGGCAAGGUUAAGGAGGCCUUUGUUGAGCCCGACAACACCGGAGUCAAAGUCUCCGCUGCCGAAAACGUGCUUGGGUAA